AUGGUUUGUGCUUUCUUUCUUUCUUUCUUUCUUUCUUUCUUUCUUUCUUUCUUUCGUUUUCUGAUAUUUUGUUUGCAUUUAAUCCCAUAUUUUCCUUCUAUAUUUCACUCCUUCCUUAUUUCUUUAAUUCUUCCUCUCUUUCCACCCCUCUUAAUUGGUUUCUUUCUUUCUUUCUUCCUGCUAUUUUUUUUCCGUUGUCUAUUUUUUUUUUCUUUGUAUCUUUCACUCUUUUCUUAUUUCUUUCGUUCUUCCUCACUUCCCCCUCUUUUCGCUAAUGUUUCUUUCUUUCUCGUUUCUUUCAUUUUCUUCUUUUUCUAUUCUCCCUUUCCACAGUUCAUCAUUUACACAAUAUCUUUCUCAUUUCACGAGCUCAUUUUGUAUUUAAUUUCAUUCUUUAGACUUUUAUGCUUUUCAUUCCUUUAUCAUCAUAAGUGCAAUUUUCUCUUCAGUCUGUUCUUUUUUGCAUCUUAUUUUCAUUCUAAUCUAGAAUCAAUUUGUUUUCCGUUCAUUUCUCGUCUGCUUUAUUUACACAUGUCGUCUUUCUUAUAUAAAAACUACAACGAUCUAUCUAUCUAUCUAUCUAUCUAUCUAUCUAUCUAUCUAUCUCAAAAUCAUUAA